UUUGUGAGUGGUACAUGUGUACAUGUGUGUGGCCAUAGCAUGGCAUGUGGUGGAACGUACCUCGCCUCGAUGGACACAAUCAUACUGGACAAUGGGGGAUAUUCUCUGAAAGUUGGUGGCUCUCCUAGCGACUCACCCAAAGUUCUUCCUAACUGCAUAACCAGGUCAAAAACUGAGCGUCGAAAGAACUUCAUCUCAAAUCAAGUCGACGAUUGUAAGGACCUCUCUGGUCUCUAUUACCUUCUUCCGUUCCAAAAAGGCUACCUGGUCAAUUGGGACACUCAACGACAAAUAUGGGACUAUGUGUUCGGGCAAAACAUUCUCAACAUCAAAACCUGCAAUCACUCGCUAAUUGUUACUGAGCCGAUUUUCAAUUUUUCUUCAAUCCAAGAAAACAUGGACGAGAUUUUCUUUGAAGAUUACAAAUUCCAGGCUCUUACAAGACUACCUUCAUCUACACUGUCAUCGCACAAUUACUCGCACACGCAUUCCAAUACUCUUUGUACUCUAGUGGUUGACAGCGGCUACUCCUUUACACACAUUGUCCCACAUUUCAGAAACAAGAUGAUCCCAAACGCUACGCUAAGAAUCGAUGUUGGUGGAAAACUUCUCACCAACUAUUUGAAAGAGACAGUGUCUUAUAGACAGCUCCAUGUUCUGGACGAAACGUAUGUGAUGAAUCAAGUGAAGGAAGAUGUCUGUUAUGUGUCGGGGGAUUUUCGGAAAGAAAUGCUGUCUACACAUGAUAGGGGCAACUCAAUUUCGUGCGAGUACGUCUUGCCGAACUUUAGCCACCACAGAAGAGGGUACGUAAAAGAUCGCGAAGAUAAGACAAAGAACAUGGACGAGCAAAGUUUGGUGCUUGGUGUAGAGAGAAUAGCAACUCCAGAGAUUCUUUUUUACCCUUCAGACAUUGGAGUCGAACAGAUGGGUAUUCCUGAAGCCAUUGUGCACUCUAUAUCACUGACUCCCAAAGAGAUGCAUCCUCAUCUUUACUCUAAUAUUGUCUUAAUGGGGGGGAACGCCAUGUUCAGUGGGUUGAAAGAUCGAGUGGAAGAUGAGGUCAGAAAGUUGGCUCCCUCGGACUAUACUGUCUGUGUUACUGCGGGUGAUGAUCCGAUCACGUACUCGUGGUUUGGUGGGAGGGUUGUGGCUGACGAGACGAGUGAUGUGGAACCAGUCACAUCUGCGGAGUACAAGGAGUUUGGCCAAAACAUUUGCCUGAGGAAAUUUGGUGAACAGAUAACUUGGUGUCCUGACAUGUGAUGUUUUUUCCCCCACAUGCAUAAAUUAAUUAUUAUCGUAUUUAAUAUCAAUAAUUAUGACCUGUCAGGUAUAUAUAUUACCGGUAUAACAAUAUCCUCAUCAGUGUUUUAAUCAUAUAAACGUUGUCAUACAUUA